ACGACGCUGUUCUCCGCUCUCUCCUGCGCCCCCUCCGCAGCCGGUUCCGGACGUCGCAGCUCACUCCCUCUGCUCUGCUGAUCCUCUUAUCUCCGAGAAGGCGGCUAAGAUGGAUAUUGUGAACCAGUUGGUCGCCACUGGGCAGUUCACCGUGGUCAAACAGCCGCUGGGGUUUAUAAAAGUCCUGGAAUGGUUCUUCGCGAUCUUUGCCUUCUCCACAUGUGGAGGCUAUUCCGGGAUGUUCGAGAUGAGCGUGGAAUGUAAAAACAGGACGGACAGUGACCUCAGCAUCGAAGUGGAGUUCGAGUACCCAUUCAGGCUCCACCAGGUGUACUUUGAUGCCCCCACCUGCAAGGGUCCUAAGACGGAACGCCUCUUCCUUGUGGGUGACUACUCAUCCUCGGCCGAGUUCUUCGUCACCAUCGGUGUCUUCUCUUUCCUCUACUCGUUGGCAGCCAUCUCUGCUUACGUCUUCUUCCUGGAGAAGUACCGUGAGAACAGCAAGGGAGCUCAAAUUGAUUUUGUGGUGACCUGCGUCUUCACCUUCAUGUGGCUGGUGAGCUCGGCUGCCUGGGCCAAGGGCCUGUCUGACGUAAAGACGGCCACAGACCCCGAACGCGUUAUCUCCCUCAUUCCCGCCUGUGACCGUGAGGAGAACCGCUGUCGCGAGGUCCACGACCCCGUGGUGUCUGGUCUCAACACCUCUGUGGCAUUUGGAUUCAUUAACCUGAUUUUGUGGGGCGGAAACCUGUGGUUCGUGUUCAAGGAGACCGGCUGGCUGGCCAUCUUCACUGGGUACCCCCCACCCUCGCAGGAGAAGCAGCCCGCACCAGAAUCUUACGGCCAGGACGCGGGUUACGGCGGGCAGGCCUAUGACCAGCAGGGGCCCUACGGAGGCUCCCAGGGAGGGUACCAACCUGACUAUGGCCAGCAAGGUGGAUACGAUGGGGGCUACGGGCAAGGCGGGUACAACCAGCAGGGGGGGCCCACCUCGUACUCCAAUCAGAUGUGAAGCAGUCGGAAGGGAGGCGGCCAGGAGCCGAAAGAGGGUGACAACAGCACUGAGGAGUACAACGCCUGACCCUUACAGCAACUCCACACUCCUCUUUCAGUCUGCCCAUCCAUCUUUCUGUUGGUAAUAAGAGAGCGAGCUGAAAAGAAGAAUAAGAAAAUGAGAUUGUACCUUUUAGUGUGUUGUUUAAUAUUGUGGUGUGUCCGGAAGCAAAGCGUCCACUUCGACCGAAGGAAAACUUGAAUUCAGCACCAAACCAGAAAAUAAAACAAAUGUAGAAAUAACUUGUUUUAAAAGAAUACAAUGAACAUAAUAAUACUAAAUUUGAGAGAAUGUAUUUGUCUGUGUUGUGUAAAUAUGAAUAUGAACAAAUAUAUAUACAAAUCUAAAUAUAUAUAUGAGUAAUAUCACUUAUGAAUCUAUUCUAGUAUAUUUCAGUUCAAUUUAACAUUAUACGUAGUUAUUCGAUUAACUAUGCUCAUUGUAAACCUGACCCACUGUACUAGCUCCAGGUUUUCGUUCCCUUUAUUUGUUUUUUUUUUUUUAUUAUUAUUAUUCCCUUUUUCCCUGUAUGUUAAGAUCAGAAAUGAACAACGUCGAAUUUUUUUAUUUUUACUUAUACGUUUCAAGUUGACGGAGGGGAGAGAAAGAGAGGUCAAAAUUGUGAAAAUGGGAACAGUGGAAAGUGGGAGAGAGUCAGAAAGGUAGAGGGAUGAUUUGCGUGUCUGUCGUCAUCUGUAGCGUGCACCUGACAAAAAAAGCUUAAGGUCUUAUUUGAGACACAUCCCCAUCCCAUAAUACCUGAACAUCAAAUCUCGAAAAGAAAUUAGCAUAAUACUAUAUGGCAAUACUAGUAAGUAUAUGGUGUGCGUUUUCAUGCUGACGAAACUGACUAAAAGCUGCUUCGAAGGACGUCUCACACACACAGACCGCCGAUCAAUACACACACGUGGCUGUUUUCUUAAGUUUUCAAAACAUAGCUGCGUGUUUUGAUAGAAAUUGCAAACCUGAAGAGAGUGAAAGAGUUGCGCACGCUUUGUAUAGUUCAUGCAUUAUAUGUACACACAUUUUAGACAUUCAAAGUGUUAUAGAGUUGUGUACUAUGACUUUGUAAGUUGACCGGACGCCACAAUGUUUGGAUUAUUAAAUGUUCUAAUGCUGUAGUUUGAGUAAAGUUAUUCCACAAUCAGGUAUGAUUUUAAUAUGCAAAGUUCAAAACGUCUGUCUGCAAAUAAUUUAAGGAAAUAUUUUUUAUUUAUUUUUAUUAACAUAUAUUACGUCUAUAGCCUUAAGUACGAAACAAAGGGGACUGCGAUAGACUCCGCACUCGGUUUAAUCUUAGGCAUAUGGAGCAGUCGUGCAGGUGCACCUCUUUCUCUCUCUCUCUCUCUUUGCGUGUGUACGUGAGUACGUGUGCGCGCGCGCCUGUUCAUGCGUGCGAGUGCUUGUGUCUGUCCGUGUGCGCGCGUGUCCUGAGACUGCAUCUUUCUCCCUAAUAAAUACGCUACAUAAAUACUCUGUCAUUAGUGGUGAACGAUGUCUUGUAACUCUCUCUCGCCUUUGGGUAGUGCUGUGUUCGUGCGUCGAGUAUUAUUAGUAUUAACGAUGAUGAUUAUGACCAUGUCAGGUUCUCCAGUUCUGUUGUAUUCUGAUUCUAUGGAAUUCAUGUGGGGGAAAAACUAAAUAAAAUAAACUUGAAAUAA